AUAUCCAACAUGGCGACAAGUGGAGGCAGAGGUAGGAGUGGAACCAGCAUGGAUAAAAGCAUUACCCUUCCGCCCGAUGAAAUCUUCCGCAAUCUGGAGAACGCAAAACGUUUUGCUAUUGAUAUAGGUGGUUCUCUGACAAAGUUGGCUUAUUAUUCUACUGUUCAGCAUAAAGUAGCCAAAGUGAGGUCAUUCGAUCACACAGGGAAGGAUGCGUCUCAUGAAUUGCUGUAUGAAGUGUCCGAACAAGAAGAGAUCACAGCGCGACUCCACUUCAUUAAAUUUGAAAAUACUUACAUAGAGACGUGCCUGGACUUUAUCAAAGACCAUCUAGUGAACACUGAGACGAAAGUCAUCAAAGCAACAGGUGGUGGUGCAUACAAAUUUAAAGACCUCAUUGAAAAGAAAUUAGGAUUAAAAGUUGACAAAGAAGAUGAAAUGACUUGUUUAAUAAAGGGAUGCAACUUCGUACUAAAGAAUAUACCUCAUGAAGCAUUUAUCUAUGUGAAACACAGUGAUCCGGAGUUUCGAUUUCAAAAUACUCAUCCAAAUAUUUUCCCUUAUUUACUAGUAAACAUUGGCUCAGGGGUAUCCAUUGUAAAGGUAGAAACAGAGGACCGCUUUGAGCGCAUCGGGGGAAGCUCUAUAGGAGGUGGUACUUUCUGGGGGCUUGGAGCUCUGCUCACAAAGACAAAGAGGUUUGAUGAAUUACUGCAACUUGCUGCCAAAGGACAACAUACAAAUGUGGAUAUGUUGGUAAAAGACAUAUACGGAGGUGCUUACCAAAUUCUGGGCUUAACUGGGAACCUUAUCGCGAGCAGUUUCGGCAAAUCUGCCACCAUAGACAGAGAAUUUUCCAAAGAAGACAUGGCAAAGAGCUUGUUACAUAUGAUCAGCAAUGACAUAGGUCAGCUUGCCUGCUUAUAUGCAAAACAACACAACCUCUCGCAAGUUUAUUUUGGAGGCUUCUUUAUUCGAGGUCACCCUGUUACGAUGCACACCAUCACCUACAGUAUAAACUUCUUUUCUAAGGGGGAAGUACAAGCACUGUUCCUCAGGCAUGAGGGAUACCUUGGAGCUAUUGGGGCAUUUCUAAAAGGAGCUGAACAAGAUAACCCAAACCUGUACAGCUGGGGAGAAAAUUACGCUGGCAGUUCUGGUCUCAUGAGUACCUCUCCGGACAUCUUUCCCAUGCAACGCUCUCGAAGUGGCACAUUUGACAUGCUGGAAAUGGACCGUUUGGAGCGACAGCUGGUGAACCUGCCUUUGCUGUUUGACCCCUCAUCUUACGUUCCCGACACAGUGGAUCUGACAGAGGACGCCAUGGCUCGGGAAUACUGGCUCAGCUGCUUUGAGGAAGCUUUAGAAGGGGUGGCCAAACGUGCUAUUGCCAGUCAGCCAGAUGCAAAGGACGCUGUCGAUCGUGCGCUAAGGUUCCAGCAGAAGUAUUGGAAUAAGUUACAGACUCUGAGACACCAGCCAUUUGCAUAUGGAUCACUGACAGUCCGCAGCUUGUUAGAUACGAGGGAGCAUUGCUUAAAUGAGUUUAACUUUCCAGACCCAUAUUCAAAGGUAAAACAGAAAGAAAAUGACAUAGCGUUAAAAUAUUUUCAGAGAGUUAUCAAAUCUUUGGAUUCAUUGGGCUGGGAGGAGAAACAGUUUGCUCUGGUGAAAGGACUGCUUGCUGGCAAUGUGUUUGACUGGGGAGCAAAAGCAGUCUCAGAAGUCCUGGAAACCGAUCCUGCGUUUGGUUUUGAGGAGGCAAAGAAGAAAUUACAAGAGCGACCGUGGCUUAUUGACUGCUAUAACAGUUGGAUAGAGCGUUUAAAGGGUCCUCCUCAUAAAUGUGCCUUAAUAUUUGUGGAUAACAGCGGAAUAGACAUCAUUUUGGGAGUUUUUCCUUUUGUGAGAGAGCUGCUUGCAAGAGGUACAGAGGUCAUUCUGGCAUGUAAUUCUGGACCAGCUUUAAAUGAUGUAACUUACAAUGAAUCUCUGAUUGUCAUAGAGCGGAUUGCUGCAAUGGAUUCUACUGUACAGUCGGCUUUACAGGAUGACCGAUUAAUAUUGGUACAAACCGGUUCCAGUUCUCCUUGUUUAGAUCUUAGCCGCUUAGACAAAGGCCUUGCCUUGCUGGUCAAGGAAAGAAAUACGGACUUGGUUAUCAUCGAAGGCAUGGGCCGAGCCAUUCAUACCAACUAUUAUGCCAUCUUCCAUUGUGAAAGUUUGAAAUUGGCUGUAAUCAAGAACUCGUGGCUAGCUGAGAGAUUGGGCGGCAAAUUAUUCAGUGUAGUUUUUAAAUACGAGACCCCACCAAAAUGAAGUUCUCUUCAAUCCGUACAAACCCAUUCCUAAGCACUAGUUUUAUUCAUCAAUUGUAAAGAAUGUAUUUUUAUUACAGUGGGUGGGAAUUUAAAAAUAAAUCUGUAUUUAUAUUGUGCUUUUGUGCUGCAAAAAAAGGGCAAUACGAUCAGUAUAAAUAUAUAAAUAAAUUUAAAUUAUAUAUACACUA